UGACAGUGAUAAACAAAGUAAAUGAGUUAAGAGUAUGGCGAGAUUCGUAGGUGAUAUAAAAAUUCAUUUUUUAAUCGACUUGGUUUCGCAAGCUUCCUAAUGCCUCCAUACGCAGUCGCGAGACGCUCUUUGGGUUCGUCACGCAAUCUUCCUCCCGCACGUGACGAGCCCAAAGAGCGUCUGGUGAAUAUUCAGAGUGAUUAACCGAUGAAUCCAGAGAGGAUUCAUCGGUUCCUUUGAUGCACCAUGAGCCGCGUGAUCUUGGAUCACUGAUCCUGAUCCAGGUCAACCUAAAGGAACGCACCCUAAGAGACCAGGGGUGGAACCUGAACUGCUGGCAACCGCUUCAUUCACAGGCAUCAGAGUACAGUGAACUAAAGUGCGUCUGCCAGACGUACCACCAUGACUUCUUCAUUUGACUACAUGGCUCCUUAUUACCACCGAUAAACAUGUUUUCAUUGUGCAUGAAGGUUCUUUGACACUAAAAAGAACAUUUCGGGAAUGUCCCCUACUAGUCUCCUUCGCAGCCGUUGUUAGGGUCGUCACGCGACCCUAAUAACGGCUGUAAAGGAGACUAGUCCCCUACCAGCCCCUCUCCCAAUCAGGAGGAUGAGCCUAGCCUCCCCUCCCUGACUCCCAUCGUUGCUCUUCAUCCGGGAACGUGUUGCUACGAACUUUUCGCGCCAAAUUUCUUCACGUGAGACAACUGAUCGCCGCGAACCUCGAAGAAAAUGGAUGUCGCUGAUCGCACUACUGGAACUUCCCACGUUCGCGAUGACCUCGCGGAGCGAUGCCAAAAGUUAUUUCAAGACUUUCUCGAAGAAUUUCAAGUUGAUGGAGAAGAGAAAUACCUUCCUGAAGUUCAAGAACUUAUCAGACCUGAGCGCAACACAUUAACUGUCAGUUAUCAAGAUGUGGAGUCCUACAAUGCUCAGUUAUCAACAAUUAUACAGGAGGAAUAUUACAGAGUGUUUCCAUAUCUGUGCCGAGCUGUAAGAAACUUUGCAAGAGACAGAGGCCAAGUACCACCAACAAAAGAGUUUUAUGUCAGCUUUACUGAUCUUCCAACAAGACACAAGAUUCGAGAGCUAACCAGUCAGAAGAUCGGUACUUUACUCAGAAUAAGUGGACAAGUUGUGCGGACACACCCUGUACAUCCUGAGCUAGUGACCGGAACAUUUAUCUGUCUUGACUGUCAGACAGUCAUCAAAGAUGUAGAACAACAAUUUAAAUAUACUCAGCCCACAGUGUGCCGCAACCCAGUCUGUCAAAACAGGGCAAGAUUUAUGCUUGACAUCAACAACUCACGCUAUGUGGAUUUUCAAAAAGUUCGUAUACAAGAAACACAAGCAGAGUUACCCAGAGGAAGCAUUCCCAGAAGCGUGGAAAUAAUCCUAAGAGCCGAAGCAGUCGAACAAGCGCAAGCUGGAGACAAGUGUGACUUCACUGGGACGUUGAUAGUUGUUCCAGAUGUGGCACAGCUUUCUACACCAGGUAGGUACAAAAAAAUGUUGCUGAAAUGUUCCACUGUGCGCUGAGAUACACGUGGAGUUGAGAUAAUGAUAGAGUUUACCUCUGCAUUGAGAUAGAUUAAGUCAAAUUUUCAGUAACAA